AAUGGAUCGGCGCAUAAUUUUAAUUUCUAACGAUUUACACCGUCUGGAAGAGGCCAGCAUAGUUCGGUUCACGAGCGGUAUUCCGUCACCGCAUCGUUCGUUGACUGACCAAUUUAUUUUCACUCCUCUGCUCCCGAAACGAACGUCCAAUACGGGCACCGAGACGUCCAAUACGGGCAAUCAAACGCUAUCGAGCGUACGCCUCCCUUUGUUGACGCAGAAAGGAACAGCGUGACAGCGCUCCUCCGCCGGCAACCCUCGAUCCUUCGUGAACACACGCAAGGGAGAGAAUCCCGAAGAGAAGGAGGCCAGGAGGGAAAGCUGACCGAAGAGGGACAAGGAUGGCAGAGAAAAGGAGGGAGACCAGGCUGAACGCAACCACCAUCGUGCUGGAUCACGGGGGCGUAAAGAGAACAGCUAGAGAAGGAGGCAUGGGGGACGCGGGUGUCGGAGCAGGGAGCGAGACAGAGCGAGAAGAAGAGAGAGCGAUGCUUAACGCAUGUGCACAGGGCGCCUCGCGUCGCGGCGCUCUGGUCCCGCCGGUCGGAGGCUGCGAAACCAAGUAGCAGGAAUUCGCGGAUCAGAGUGGUCGCAUCUCUCGCUUCAGAUAUACGUUCAGCGCAGCCCAGGUCGGCAGUUUUCCAUGAAAAUCGAGGAACGCGCGGCCUUACCGACGCUGGCCAACGCAAUCGUACCAGCCGACGCGUGUCCCGAUCGUCGACAGGAUGCUGCCCCGUGCACGGUUCCACCGGUGACGAACGACGAGCACGGUGUUCAGGGUUCUCGAUCGUAUCGCGAGCGCGGAGUGCACGUGCGACAUGAUCGCUCGGAGGGGAAUCCUCUAACUCCAGACCCGUGUCCCCUAUCCACGGAUCAACGAGCCACCAGUUAACAAAGACGAUCGCAACGUUCCCUGUGACUCCGGAGAUCUCGGAGACGCGUUCAGACGCCGAGCAGCUGUGGGUACUACUAGCGCAGGCAACGAGGAAGUCGUCGCGAUGCCGACAGAGGUACACUCGUGAGGACACCGAGGCGUUCACCGUGCUACGGGGUUCCGAGACACCGCGGGAGACAAUCGAAUGAACCAGACGGCGUUCAUGACUCGCUAAAGCAAUCGCUCGCUUAUUUUUUAUUGUUCUUCAUCGGCAAACGGCUUGGCUGUGCCUGGCUCUCUCAGGAUCGGGCAAGGUGUAUCCCAGUGGCUGAGACGCAAGUACAGUGAGACGUCGCGUAUCGUACAGUGUUGAUCGUUCAGAGACCCGCACGAGCGACGAGCUUCGACACGGUUCCGGUUUCGGGUGCUGUGAAACGUUGCCGUGCAGGCUCGAACGAGAGAAGGGUGAUAUGGUGAUUGGACUCGCAUGGUCGCGUCUUCUCGCAGAGCAGAGUGAGUUUCCGCGAAGGACACAUGUUUCGUGGAGGGUGUCGGGUCGUCUCCAUUCCACUGGGUCGGUGACUGUCCGCGAUCACGAUCGGACGACGAGGAGGCUGCUCGAGGAAGUGGUGGCGCGUGGAGGGAAGAACCAGCCACGACGGGGCCCGGCGCCGGGGCACGGACAAGGCCCCCGGUGCAGGGAAGAAGCCAGGCAGAAGGGGAAACCGGGGCCGGCGUAGCAGCAACGGCCCUGAAACUACAGGGGAACCUAGCUACCCCCUUGCACAGGGGGGAAACCAGGAGGAGACCGCGCCGACGGAGGCGACGGAAAAAGAAGCGACGGAGGUGCGGCACAACUUCGUUAGCAGGGUGGACAGAGGAACGGAACGUGUCUGGUGCGGCUUGGCGCUUUGAACGAAGGUACCACACCGAAGAAGACGAAGAACUCUGAUUACCAUCUUCCCCUCCCCUCGUGUACAAGUUAGCCCCUCCCCCUCCCCUUUACCCCAGAUCAAGCCAGCGGUUUGAUAACACACGGUUCUGUAGUGCUCCAGUUUCUGGUUUUUCUUUCUCCGUUGGUGAGGUCCAGUGUGAUAUAACGGGCGAAAAGAAGAGAGAAAUAUUCGACGAUACGCGAGUGAUUCGCGACGAUGGUGGUGUGAUAAAAAAGAAAAAAAGAGUGUGUCGCGCGUGUCGUCCGAGAGUGAGAGAGGUGUCUCGCGAGGAAAGCCAACCGAGAAGAAUCGCGACGCGAAGAAGGUGAUAUUGUAUGUAUAAAUAGCUUAGGUGUAUACAUAUUUAAGGGACGAGUGACAGUGUGUGUCCGUACGCAGAGUACAAAAAAAAAAAGAAACAAAGACAGAUACGAGAGGAAGUAGGCGGAUACGGAUCGUGGACAAAAGACGGAGAGUGAGAGCACGCAAAAAGACCGAGGUGGCAUUAGCAGGUGGGACAGGUGGGACAGUAGCAUGAGUUCGUACUUCGCGAAUUCGUACAUCCCGGACCUGCGUAAUGGCGGGCUGGAACACCCGCAUCAGCAUCAACAGCCCUACGGUGCCGCCGUCCAGGUGCCCCAGCAAACCCAAUCGGUUCAGCAGCAGUCUCAGCAACCCGGGGAUCCUUGCGACCCCAGUCUCCUACGUCAGGGAGUGCCCGGCCAUCACUAUGGGGCCGCGGGCAGCCAGCAAGAUAUGCCUUAUCCGAGGUUUCCGCCGUACAAUCGGAUUGACAUGCGGAACGCGAGCUAUUAUCAGCAUCAGCAGGAGCACGGGAACAUCGAUGGCAUGGGUGGUUACAGGUCGACGUCGCCCAGCCCCGCUAUGGGCCACAUGGGACACACGCCGACCCCGAACGGACAUCCGUCCACUCCUAUUGUCUACGCGAGUUGCAAGCUUCAAGCGGCUGCGGUCGAUCAUCAGGGUAGCGUGCUCGAUGGACCGGAUAGCCCGCCGCUCGUCGAGACUCAGAUGCACCACCAGAUGCACACCCAGCAUCCUCACAUGCAGCCCCAGCAACCCCCUCAUCAGCAGCAACAGCAGCCCCAUCAACAUCUCCAAGCGCAGCAGCAGCACAUGAUGUACCAGCAGCAACAGCAGACGCAGGCGGCGACGCAACAGCCCCAACCCGGCAUGCAUCCCCAGCAACAGCAACAAGCCCCCCAGCACCAAGGGGUGGUCGCGUCGCCGCUCAGUCAGCAACAACAAGGUGCACCUCAAGGCGCGGCGAGCGCCAACCUACCGAGUCCGCUCUACCCGUGGAUGAGAAGUCAAUUCGAGAGGAAACGAGGACGACAAACGUAUACCCGAUACCAAACCUUGGAGCUGGAGAAGGAGUUCCACUUCAACCGAUACCUGACCAGGCGGCGACGCAUCGAGAUCGCGCACGCGCUCUGCCUGACGGAACGGCAAAUAAAAAUCUGGUUCCAAAACAGACGGAUGAAGUGGAAGAAGGAGAACAAGACGAAGGGCGAGCCAGGCUCGGGCGACGGCGACACCGAGAUCUCGCCGCAGACGUCGCCGCAGGGUUGAAAGAACCCCGAGGAGUGGAACUUCCAAAGAGGUCUCAUCUCUCUCAGGGUCGUUAAUACCUUGUUUCCAGCACUACCUCCUCCCCCCACCCACACGCCAGACCUGCAACCCCCGAUGACCUCCAAAUAUGACCCCCACCCCCACCUCCCGCAACCGCCCACCCAACCCACCUAAGCCCCCAAAAAACAGCAAUGACGCUUAUUUUGUCGUGUUAAUCAAGUUGCUCGUACCAAAAAAAGGAGAAGAGAGAAGGGAUAACGGAUAUAGGGGACGAACGAAGAACGAGAAACGUACGCGGCCGACAGACAGUGUGGAGAUAUGGAAGUGAAGACGUGAACGGGACGAUGACAGAGGGACGAAAAGAAAGAGGGUGUGAGAGAGACAGAGGGAAGGGAAUGCGAGAUAAGCCGAGUGGAAGGACGAGAGACACGAGGGAAUACGGAAAGCAGAGAGGAAACGGAACGGGACACACUGAACGAGUCGGAUGAAGAUUUAUAGGGACGCGCGAUCUUCUAAUAACAAUGUAGCGGAACGUCGAGGAAACCGAAGAAGAGGGAUCGGAUCGGAAGAAAACUGGAUCACAUGCUAAUCAGAACCGCGUUAACCUCUAUUACAUUUAACCGAAUGUAAUUGUACUAAAGCCUAUGAUAAUUAUAAUAAUGAUAGAGAUAAAAAGGAAAAACGGGAGAGAAACGAAUAUACGUACUUUAAUGUCGCGAGAGUCCGUGGGAAUUGCGCGAAUGCUUGGAUCUAUAUAAUUGUAAGUAGAGUACGAAUGUGCCCGUGGAAACGUGUAAAGUGAUAUACAUAUAAAUAUAUAUAUAUAUAUUUAUAUAUAUAUAUAAAAAUAUAUAUACAUACAUGUAUAUGUACAUAUAUGCAUAUACGUGUACGGGGAUGUCGGCAACAGGUGUUCAAAAAUUUAUGGCCGAUUCCACGUGCAAAAAUAAGACGAAAAUCAAGAAUGGAGAAAUUGCGAACAAAGCUCCGUGGCCGAGUAAUUAAUAUUGCCAAAGAUGCGCGAAAGAGGUGUCUGACAGGAAGGACUCAUUCUACUGCGGCGCGCGGACAUUGGCCAAAUGCAACGUGCCACUUGCCUCGCCGUCGAUGCAAGACCUUCAAUCACUCGAGACUAUCUACACAUUUCUAUCGAUACUUUAUACAUUGAUAGCUUGAAUACAUUCCAACGAAAAAACGUCACGCCAUGCAGCGAGAUGUUAAUCUCCGUGCUUAAAUUUACGCGAGACCAUUCAUACCUGACGAAUUGAAUUGUAACGUAGAGAGUAAACUUCUUUUUUUUACAAGUAAAAAGAAUGUGUUCGUUUACGAUUCGCCUACAGCCUACUACUGUCACCGUCCGUCACUGCGUCCGGCAGUAGAAUGAGUCCUUCGGGUCAGACAUAUCUUUACCGUGCGUUCGUUAAGGAAUUACUCGGACCCCAAGCAUGAAACGCAACUUCUUUAUUCUUGAUUUUCGUCUUAUUUCGACCCACAGAAUGGUACCUUAAGGUUUCGAACACCUGUUGCCAAGCACACCCUGUAUAUAAAGAAAAGUAUCGAGAAUGAUGCGCCACGAUGACGAGAGAAAGGGUUGAGCGAAUGUGUGCGUGUUGCGUAUCGAGCGAUUAGAGUGUUUGUUGGAAAAUACCGCGCGAAUAUACCUUAGGAAAGCGUUUUAUUAUUUAUUCUCUUACGUCGUACACGCGUAGUGUCGUAGAGCGGUUAGAUAAAUAGCGGAAGAAAGAGGACGGUCGCCCGUCGUGUCUCUGUUUAGCGAGUAGAUGAACGGUUUAGUGUUCUUAGAGGAUCGUUUAGAUAGGUUUUUCUCUACAAUACCGCGGUGGCUCAGCGAGGGUAUUUAGGAAUCGCGAACGUGCCAAGUGUGAUCUUCGAAUGUGUUUCUCCAGUGUCGGGAGGAUUCGACGUGGAAAAAGUAAAUAUGAGAAAAACGAGAGGAAAUUCCAUGGAAACAUCCGCGCGCACACACCUAUUUAAAGCAAGACGAAAACUGAAGAGCGGAGGAGCUAAAACGAGGGACGAGGAAACGUCGUGGAACCAGUGAAGUAUCAGUGUCUAUCUGUGUGCUGUAAUUGGUUAAAUUCCAGUGAUUUUUUGGUGAUCGAUCGAUCGUAUCCGUCGAUGCCAGUAUUUUUUGGCCAAUCGCGAAUCGCGACACGGGAAUGUUUCCUGUAGUGCUAAAAGAAUGAAAGAAACAGUGUUUAAGGGAGCGGAGGCCUCCGGCGGAGCAGAGUCGAACCGACUCGACAUUUCUUCAACGGUGUCGUCGCAAGGUCAGUUCCAUUAAAAUUGAUAUUUACUUGUUCUUCGAUGCGUGUAUGCGUAUACUCUACACGUUUUUUUUUUUUUUAAUUGCCAUUUUAGAAUUCGUUUCGUAAUUUUUUUUUUUCAAUACUGCAUACUGCUUGAAGAACAUGUCGACGGAGACCUUAAUUAAGAGAUUCGAAUCGUUAAUUUAUUCUCAUCAGGCGUACAAUUCGAAAAUUACGGGUAACGCGUCGCCGCGUACUGUAAUUACGCUUGCACGAACGUACCCAUCGCGUUGGCGCCCGAGAGUAUGGCCCCUGCUCGAAAGAAGGCGUUUUCAACGGUCGAGGAAAUUUUCUUCGAGAAUAAUCGCGUCCCCUUCUCAUAAUUCUGUCAUACUUUUAAAAUAUUCAAAUUAGCCGUGGCUAGGAUCAUUGGUUUUCGAUUUUAGUAUUUAAAUAUUCGUGGGACAUUUUUGCAUACGUUACCGUUACUCGACUCGAAACAUACUUUAUAACCUGUUUACGAUUUACCAUCUUCUUGACGUCUGUCGACUUUAUUGUAAACGCCCUUUUUUGAGAUGGGCACACAAAAUAUUUCGAAACGGUGGUUUCAAAAACUCGCGUAACUGCAUUGCGUUUUUAUUUUCUCUUGUAAAUAUUCAAAAAAGAUAAACGGAAAGAAGAAAAAAAAACGGUGACCUCGACGAAAGAGGGAUCCUUGAUACGACCAAAACUCGAGAGGUCCUCGAGAGCUGAAAAUUUAUCGCUGCUCCGCGCGACACGAGGCCAAGUUACCAAGUGAUGUAAUUCGUAGCGUAUUUUCGGAAUAGGAUGCUUUCGGCAUGAAACCGCUUGGCACCUUAAUGGCGACUCUAGAGAGCAAAGCCGCCGACAGAAAACUCUAUUUUGCCGUCUGGCCGCGAAAUGAUUCAGAGUACCUUCUCGCCCGCCUCGUGAAACUGGCGUCAGAACCCACCGUCAAAGAACGACGCGUAACUUUUUGGAAAUGCACGUCCAGUUUCAGCGACUAGAUAUUUCAAAAGAAUUAGAAAGUUCCUCUAAAAGACCGUGCUACGAUUAGAGACGUUGGUCAGCACUCUGUUUGAUUUCACCAACAGAUUGAAAUUAAAAAUAUUUUUAAAAAAUGCAUAAAGCUAUUAAAGGGUUUCCUGACAUUCAGUUUCACGGUACACGUUUCAAUUUAACGAAUGAAAAUAAUCCAUUAUCGAGUAGCCUGAAACAGAGCAGCAGGGUGAAACUAUCCCUUUCCACUUGAAUCGCUAGUCACAUGUUCGGUGUAAACCGUGAUUUUUUUCCCAUUUGUUCGCCCGCCCGUCAAAACACGCCGAGCGGGCAUCGAACGCGUUAAGCGUGCCAAGCAGUACCAAACACCAUCUGUCGGCCCGAUCACCGAAACUCGCGAUCGACGACGCCGACGCCGACGCCGCGAACGAUCCGGGUCCGACACGUCGGAGAACUCCGCCGCGGCGAAUUCUUGUGCUGUGUUGUAAACUUAGAUCGACAUAAUUUAGUUUAUACCUUGUAUACACGCAAUUUACGAUACCACGUAAUAAACGAUAAUUAACGAAAUACGUAAUAUGUAUAGACGACGACGAAAAGACGGUAUUUAAAAGAUAAAACAAAAAAAAAAACGAAAAAAAAAAUGUGGAAAAAUAUUAGAGCGAAACCGGCGAUCUCGCGGAUCUCUGUUAAGCGUGGAUCACGGGCUCGAGGAUCGUCGGGGAACGCCGCGACGUUCCCCGAACUUUUCCUUCGUCCCGAGGGAAAACAAAAAAAAAAGCGACCGAGGAAAAAAGAGGCGAUACGUGACAGAGGUGGGCAGAAUUUUAUGCGAGUGAUAAUAAUUACAUUAAAUUAGCAAUAUCGUUGUAUUUGAAAUGACAUAAAUUACACGAGUAACGGCGUAUAAAUGUACAAAACAGUGAUUUAUUCGCCAUGUCCAUUUCGUUCGGUUGUCAACUAAUUUCUUCAACAUGCAACAGAUACAAAUUUUCGUACUUUAAAUCCUUAUUGGCCGUGUUUAUAUAGACAAUGAUUCUGCUCAUCCCUGAUCCAUGGAACUGAUAUACGUAAUACAUGGUCCAGCUCGCGCACGCGCAUCGAUUGAGCACCGACCGGCCUUUCUUUCUCGAGAGAUUUAUUUAUGUAUAACUUUUUGUCCUUGAGGAGCAACGAACUAUGAAAAAUGGAAUAUCUUCGACGAUCGCUCGCUGUGUCUUGUGAGCGGCUCUCUUUUUCGGGGGGUGACGAGAGGGACGCCGAACCGUACAUUUAUGGUCAGGGGUCGCGAUCCUAAAUUGCUCGGGCAAAUUGGCGCCAAUUAAACUGGAUAGCCCAUCGUGGGGUCUCGUAUCGUUGUCGGUAUGGGUUUUCGUAAAAGUUUCAACGAAAGAGAAACACCGGCGAUAAAUGGAUCUUUGGUUUUCAUACUAAAUUACUUCUGUGAAUCCACUUUCCGCGAUCGCUUUGCUCUGAAAAAUUCUUCGUCGAAAUAUUAUUAUUUCAUUUUAGACAACUUUUCACUCAGACGUUUUCACUGCUUUGUCGUUGCUUUCUCGUUCGUUCAGCCGAUCAAACAAUAAAGCGUAAGCGUGUUUUCGAUCGUAUAUCAGCUCGAUUAGCAAAUUUCCUCUCCGUUUGUCGAGAAGCCAGGUCCCCAACACGUUGUAUCGAUUACGAUUUAUAACUCUCGCGAUAAAUCGAUUAACCUCACACGAUUCGGGCCCCCAUUUUUGCGCGUUUCGCGGUAGGUAAGUGAGACACGCGUUAAUUCUGGGUACAUUAAUCAGCGAUAGCAUCUAUGUAGGCCAGGUAAUGGCCGGCAUUGAAGCGUAGGGUGCGGCUUUCGAGACAAAGGAAGUAUUUAUUGCCCUUGCGUCACGGUAUCAACUGUUACGACACGAUGGUCAACAGUGCAGGCGAAAUUUCACGCAUAAAUGCCUGCCUGACAAACCGUUUUCUGCGACUUCUCGCGGUCCCUAGGUUCGCAACAUUAAUCCUCGAAUGUUUUAGCCGAUUGGCAAAGGUACGCUGCGUCGUUGUGUCUCAAUCCGUAAGCUCACGGUUGGAAAUCGACGAUUGGAAACGCUCCUUCGAGGGUUCUUUAUCUGCAGAAAUGAAAAGAUCGUUCGGUAUCCAUUUGUGAAUUUAUCGCCGAUAUUUCUCUCGCCGGGUAUUUGACACGUGGACAAACCGAAUUGUGCAAUAAUCGCGCGGCAUACGUUCUACUCAAUAUUCCGUUUAGUCGAUCGCUGAUCCCUGACACGGAAUCCAAUCUUUUCGAAAUUCUCUGAAAUUUACGAUUACAAAUGACACAGUCGGGGAUUCAUUUGAAAAUUGCGAGCGAUCGUUUGAAAAGUAAAUCACUUCCCAAACCUGAUGGGCGAGUCGCGAAGAGACCAUCACCAGGAGAGCGAUCGUCGCGAGCGCCAGUUUUUAAGCUUGAAAUGAAAAUUUUUGUAUCCAUUGGAUAGCAAAACUCCUACUUAUAUAUAGAGUAAAUAUAUAUAUAUAUAAAAAUGCGUCGAAAAUAAACGGGAAAAGAGCAGAAUUCCUAGCGUUGACCGGAACGUGUAAAAUGCAAAUUAUAUAUUUUAUCUUUACUCUUAUAUAGUCGCGUAAAAUUACCGAUAUACGUAAUUUAAACGAUGAAAUAAAAAAAGAAAAAAAAGGAAGCAAGAGGAACGAAGCAAAGCGAGUGAUUGUGUGUAAAGUUAAAGCGAAGAGGCAAAGAGGAUUUUUGAGAGAGAAAGUAAGCGAGAAAGAGAAAGGAAGUAACGAGUAACAACAGUGUGUACGUACGAAGUGAGUCACUAAGCUAGCGCUUAAUCGGUAAGGUUAACGUCUAAAGCCCUAAGUCUUAAGAUGAUAAUUAAAUAGGAUUAAGGAAACGGGCAUGUCGAUUGCAGCGAGCGGGGGCGGUGGUCAUGGAUGCAGAAAAUAAAUGUCGAGUGAUCGAAGAAAGAGAAAAAAACAAAAGAGUAUUGGUUUGAUCGCCGUUCUAUGUACCAUGGGCAAUGCGCAAUUAAGUAACUAGGCAAUUCGUGGGGUUUGCGAUUAGUGUACAUAAAUCGAUGUGUCUAUUUGGGGAGCUCGCAGACGCCACCUACGAGAUUUAGAGCAGAGAACGGAAGAGGAUUUAAAAAAAAUGCUUGACAAGGAUAAGCAGCUUUCGGCCCCUUAUAUUAAUGUAGUUCCGCGUAAUAUUUAUUGACGCCGCGUUGCGCGCAGCGAGGCGGACUUUUUCCUUCUGUUUUCAUUAAUUGUCCAAUAAAUAUUUUUUACAACGUGAACCGAGUAGUCGGAGGUAUUUAUGUGCACACCAGAAUCAACCUUCCAGCGUGAUUACAUAAAUUGCAGCGAGUUCGUACUAAUUUCAAAGAAGCCUGCACGCGGUGAACCUACGUCACCAUCGUUUAAACGUGUCGUCGACUUGUCCGCUUCGAUAUCGAAUGCGAUUCCCUCGAACGUGUUACGGCACGUAUGUCGUGCGAAGACCUCUUUACAUUUUCGCCGAGUUUGGCGUACAUGACUUUGUUCAAAUUCAAAAUCGCACGCAAACGACACGUAACGUUUUGCCAAAUAAUACAUUUUCCGCGGGCAAUUUUAAAUUUGUCACCUAAAGCGUUUUCAUUUCGCAAUCGGAUAACAAAGCCACGUCCUCGCACGCCCAUGCGCCGAAGAGUUCCUGACUGCCUGUCGCUCUCCAGACAGGUGUCGCUAGUUUCGUAUACCUUUCUAAGUUCCGUAUAUCUACACUAAAUACGUAAAGAAAAGGGAAACGGUAGUCCAUCGCCUCUCCACUUCAGGCAACGCGAAAUCCAUCGCUUCGUGUGCUGUUACUCGAACGCAUUCAUCAUCCCGAACAACUCAACCAACUGUCUUUUUUACGAUGCGAGUGAAAACGUGCGAGAAAACUGACUGACGAGCCGGUGAAACGAACUGCGAGUUCAUGUCGGUAUAAUGGAAGAAAAGAUUCGCUGUACCCGAUAAAAACAUCACGCGUAACGUGAUAUUCCUGAACUUCUCGCCAACGCAAUCACCGAGUAACGUUUUCUAUCGGCUUUAUUUUUCGUAUAGCGUCGCAUCGCCUGAACGAGACGUACCCAAGACGCUACUCGAACCUUGGGCGUCGCGUCGAAUCGUCCGAUUCGUUGUACCAUCCUGAUGCAUUUGUAAAUACAAGUAAUCGAAAACAGUAGCGCGUAAUUGCUUUCCCGAUCGCGGUCGAAACGGACACCGUUAUCGAUGCAAGAAAAAUCCUUUCCAAUUCGACAAAAGUUUCCUUUGAACGCGCGGUCUCGUCGAUAGGGUUCCGCUCCGUGAAGACUGAUAGACCCCUCCCUGGUAACACGUGACUAAAACAACGUAUACACAAUAUUAUAGUUAAAACUGUUCGUAUUUCGCGAGGACGUUUAGAGAGAAUUCGGUGUUUCCAGCCGUAAAACUUUUUACUUUGGAAGUCGCAUCGUUGGACGAACAAGAGUACUUACCGGAGAAUGCUAUGCUUUACCUUGACACGUGGCGUCAAGGUCACGUGCCAUAGACUACGUCGUUGGCUAGAGGGGCACUGUAAAUAAUUCCGAGUGAAAAAGAAUGCCGGGCGCAUACGACGACGUUCUUUUAUCGGCGGGGCAAUGCGAAGGGCGACGUCUAACGUCGCGGCGUCGAAUCGCGAGCCGCGACCACUUGUAUACGAUACCGCGUAGGUAAAGUAGGUACCUGUUUAAUAGACUAAAAAAAUACAAAGUAACGCUAGCAGAGGACUAAUUAAUUACUAUUUAUUGAUACGGUACUGUAACGAUAUACGAACACGACGAGGGAAAUAGAGUAAAAGGAUGACAAUAUUUAUUAAAAGCCGCCACGUCGUCGUCACCCGAUGCACUCCAGUGUGCGGCAUACCUACGAUUUGUUUCUAUGAAACACACCCCCAUUAUAUCGCAAAUAUUUGUAUUAUUUAGGCUAGAAGUUCCGAAUUUGUAUUAAUAAAAAUCGUACGCGAGUCUAGUCGUUCUAUCAGUGUCUGUAGAGGAGCAACUGUCUACAAGUGGUUUUUUCGGUACUUGCGGACGCCGACGUUUCCAGAUACACUUGUACAAUCCGUCGAAGAUGCAAGAGUUCUUGAAGUCUGAGGACCCCGGUGAAACGAAAAAAAAAAAGGUCAAAGGAUUAGUUUCCUUCCCAAUAUCAGCCGCACACUCGAGUCUUCCGUGUUAUACGGACGCAUUGCUCCGUCCGAACCGGUGGAACAUCCGUGUACAUGUUAUAUUAUACACUCACGCACGCGCAUACACAUACGUACACAACCACAAAGGUGCAGCAAUACAUGCUCAGCCACGAAAAGACCGGGUACAACGCGUAAGUUCGAAACGGUUACGCGAUGCGGAGGUAAUAAAAGAAAAUGGAACAUUAGUUACGGGGUGUGUGCCUACAGGCCGAAAAAUAUUGUGGGCCGCACCGCUUUACCGAGAUAUAAGUGGAAGAAAAGAUAUAAAUAAAUGAAUAUAUAUAUAUAUAUAUAUAUAUACACAAAUUAUAUAUAUUUAAAUAUAAAUAUGAAUGAAUAUAAAUAUAAAUAUAAAUAGAAAUACAAAUAUAAAUAUAAAUGCAAAUAUAAAUAUAAAUAUGAAUAUAAAUAUAAAUAUAAAUAUAAAUACAAAUAUAAUAGUAUUACGAAUUACGAUAAACGUAUAUAAUUAUUUUGUAGUGUUCCGCAUUAUGUAAACUAAAUGUACACAUGGAGGAAGAAAGAGAAAAAAAAAAAGUAUGUCAGCGAAACACGAUGUUUGAUGAUAACGCGGACGAUGACGAUGAUUAUGAUGAUGGCAGGGUGAUGGUGAUGACGAAUAACGAUAAUAACGAUACGAUUGCAAUGACGAACGAUAUGCACGCGGAUGAGUUAUGUAUUAUGAGUAACGACGACGACGAUGACGAUGAGAAACGAUAAUAGUAUUAUACGCUAUCAUGUCGACGAGUCUAAACCGUAUUGUAUUAUAUUAUAUAAGAGUCUGUCCAUAUUAAUAAUAAUUAUAUUAAUUAUAAUAGCUGUGUUUGAAAACGAGAAAUAAAUUGUGGUUGAAUAUGAAAACGAGAAACGAGUUGUCACACACGUGCUGCGGAAACCGAGUGCACGCUUCUCCUUCGUAUUGCGUCUCCGCGUCGGGCCAAACUCUAUCGAUUCUGAACGCGAACACCGGGGAUACGCGGCUGAAAACCGGUCACGUGGACCGGUCGGGGUCGUUCGACCUCGAUUCGAGAGAUCGAUCGAGCC